AUGAAAGGAAAGAUAUCAGUCUCAUCCUCGGAGAAAUCAAUGGCAUCGAGCACGACGACGACUACUAACACUCUGUCUACGGAAGAAGAUUCAGAGAGAAGAGACAGUAACUGUUACUUCCCAGAUUGUCGCAAAGACGCGAAUUGCAGCUGCGAAGAUUGUCUCGACAGUCUCAACGCGAUGCUCGAUCUCAUGCCUCCGAGUGUACAGAAAAGCUCCCUCACUAAGCUCUCCUCCGCCUCCAAUUUCAAAUCCACCGUUGAAUCCACUCCGACUUCGUUUGACCCGCGUGUCGUCACCACGCCCGCUUCGGUUUGUCGCCCGAUCUCGAAGCUGAUCUCUCCGGCGAAGAAGAAAUCGGUAAAGAAAUCGAAAGUUUCCGAGGAUGAAGAACAGAGGAAGAAGACUAAGAACGAGAGAAGGCCACUGAUUCGUGUUAUUCGGAAAGUGGUUUUGGUAAUUGGUUUGGUUCUUGGUUUGGAAUUAGGGUUCAAUUGGAUGCGUAAAGGGAUUUUGAAACCAGAAUUUACAGAGGAGAUAGUUAAGAGCGCUGGUGAGAGAUCUCAGUCUGCUCAUGAUCUGGGUGAGAAGCUGAGAAUCACGGAAGACGAAUUGAAAGGUUUUGCUAACAAUGGAAAGUUCUCGAGCUGCAGAGCUUCCAAUUCGAAAUGGAAAAUCAAUCAGGAUGGUCCAAUGUUGAGCUCAAAGUGUGUAGUGUACAAAUCCGCCAUUGAAGAGGUGAGUAUAUGGGGAUGGCCUUUGCAGACUUCCGGUUUGUUCCGUACCGGAUUCGCCUCAAGUUCAAUCACCGUAUUAUCCGGCCGAGUAACCGAGUGGACAGAAGGGAGAUUCGGUUACUCAAUACGUGAGGCCAACAACACGUGGAGGAAAACCAAAUGGAGCACGUCGGUUCUGCAACUAGAUCCAAACACAUGGAUUCUUGAGUACAGAGAAAGCUCGGUGACAGAGAGUUCGAGUUUGUUGUCACUUACAGUCGAUCUACUGAGACACAUGAUGUUCCAGGCAGCAAAGAAUGUAAACCGGGAGCUUUUGUGGGUGUUUUCAGCCUCGGGGAAUCUGUAUAGAGAAUCAGUAUCAGAGGCUAGCACAAUGACACCAACUUAG